UCCCCCAGGUAGGAGAUGCGGAGCCCGAGCUGGGCGCUGCCGACAGCUGGAUCGGGGUGGUGCCUGUGGGUGAGGAGCCAGCCGAGGCCCCCCGGGGCCCCAGGGAGGAAUCCUUCACCGCCGCCGUCGUCAGCAAGAUGAAGCGAGCCCUGGUACUGGGGGCGUCAGCCCUGCUCAUCCUGGCGCUGAACCAGAACGCCAUCCGGGAGCUGGAUGUUUCCCAGCUUCUUGCCAAGCCUGUGAUUGUGAUCCAGUCCUCGGACAACGUCACCAAACUUCUGGGAGCACUGCUGCGGGGGCUCCGGGCUACAGCAAAGAUCACGUACCAGGCGGUGCUGCUGGAAAACCUGGGAGUGACCCUCACCCUGUGGUCAACCUGCGGCCUCUCCCGAGGGGGCCUCUAUGGGGAGUGGCAGGGGGUCAUCUGCACAGGGGAGAACAGCUCACAGGUCCAGAAGUACCUCCAGCAGCUGUGGAACACCAUCCUGCUGAUUGCCCUGCUUCUCUGCACCGGGGUGAUUGUGCAGGCCCAGCGGCAGUCGUGGCAAGACCUGUCAGAGCAGGAUGCUGAGCUGGACCUGAAGCAGCACAUUCGGCGGCGUCUGUCAGCAUUGAAAACCCGGCGGUACCAUCCUGGCAAACCGCUCCGGAGCCGGGUCUGCGAGAUCGAUAGCUGUGCUGUCUGCUUGGACCAGUUUCACAAGAGCCAGUGGCUGCGGGUGCUGCCCUGUUCCCACGAGUUCCACCGGGACUGUGUGGACCCCUGGCUCCUCCUGCAGCAGACCUGCCCUCUCUGCAAGCGCAACAUCCUGGGGAACUGCCUCACUGAGAGUUAGCCAGCCCGACGGACGCGCUCCAGGGACAGACCCACCGCUGCUCCGGGGAGAGGGAGGGGGGCAGGGGGUGCUUGGCAAGCAGUGCUCGCUGCCGGAGUGGGUUUGGCACGGCUGUGCCCGUCGCAGUGCUCAGCCCUGCAGAGAGUGAAGGACCUCGGGGCUCUCCCUGCUGGGUGUUCUGCUCAGCCUCUCUCCUCUGUUGUGCUUGGGUCUCCUUCUCUGCCUGAAGCAACCGGGUAAAGUCCUCAACCUGUUUCUGCAGCUUGUCCUUCUGUUUCUCCGAC